UCAUCAUCAUCAUCAUCAUCAUCAUCAUCAUCAUCAUCAUCAUCAUCAUCAUCAUCAUCAUCAUCAUCAUCAUCAUCAUCAUCAUCAUCAUCAUCAUCAUCAUCAUCAUCAUCAUCAUCAUCAUCAUCAUCAUCAUCAUCAUCAUCAUCAUCAUCAUCAUCAUCAUCAUCAUCAUCAUCAUCAUCAUCAUCAUCAUCAUCAUCAUCAUCAUCAUCAUCAUCAUCAUCAUCAUCAUCAUCAUCAUCAUCAUCAUCAUCAUCAUCAUCAUCAUCAUCAUCAUCAUCAUCAUCAUCAUCAUCAUCAUCAUCAUCAUCAUCAUCAUCAUCAUCAUCAUCAUCAUCAUCAUCAUCAUCAUCAUCAUCAUCAUCAUCAUCAUCAUCAUCAUCAUCAUCAUCAUCAUCAUCAUCAUCAUCAUCAUCAUCAUCAUCAUCAUCAUCAUCAUCAUCAUCAUCAUCAUCAUCAUCAUCAUCAUCAUCAUCAUCAUCAUCAUCAUCAUCAUCAUCAUCAUCAUCAUCAUCAUCAUCAUCAUCAUCAUCAUCAUCAUCAUCAUCAUCAUCAUCAUCAUCAUCAUCAUCAUCAUCAUCAUCAUCAUCAUCAUCAUCAUCAUCAUCAUCAUCAUCAUCAUCAUCAUCAUCAUCAUCAUCAUCAUCAUCAUCAUCAUCAUCAUCAUCAUCAUCAUCAUCAUCAUCAUCAUCAUCAUCAUCAUCAUCAUCAUCAUCAUCAUCAUCAUCAUCAUCAUCAUCAUCAUCAUCAUCAUCAUCAUCAUCAUCAUCAUCAUCAUCAUCAUCAUCAUCAUCAUCAUCAUCAUCAUCAUCAUCAUCAUCAUCAUCAUCAUCAUCAUCAUCAUCAUCAUCAUCAUCAUCAUCAUCAUCAUCAUCAUCAUCAUCAUCAUCAUCAUCAUCAUCAUCAUCAUCAUCAUCAUCAUCAUCAUCAUCAUCAUCAUCAUCAUCAUCAUCAUCAUCAUCAUCAUCAUCAUCAUCAUCAUCAUCAUCAUCAUCAUCAUCAUCAUCAUCAUCAUCAUCAUCAUCAUCAUCAUCAUCAUCAUCAUCAUCAUCAUCAUCAUCAUCAUCAUCAUCAUCAUCAUCAUCAUCAUCAUCAUCAUCAUCAUCAUCAUCAUCAUCAUCAUCAUCAUCAUCAUCAUCAUCAUCAUCAUCAUCAUCAUCAUCAUCAUCAUCAUCAUCAUCAUCAUCAUCAUCAUCAUCAUCAUCAUCA